UCGCUGGCUGCCAUGGAGGAGUUCCACCUCAGCCUCUCGCAGUGCGUGGUGCUGCGCUACCACUGGAUCGACCCCUUCGUCCGCUCCCUCAAGCAGCGCCUGGCCUCCUUCUACAGGUUCUUCUGCGUGGCUGACCGCGUGAAGGUUUAUACCAACCAGAACAAAACCAGGACCUUUAUUGGCUUGGAGGUCUCUGCUGGGCAUUUCCAGCUGCUGGAGCUGGUCGCAGAAGUGGACAGAGUUCUGGAAGAAUUUGACCUUCCCACAUUCUACAAGGACCCGUCGUUCCAUAUCAGCUUGGCCUGGUGUGUCGGGGACCUGUCUGACAGGCUGGAAGGGCAGUGUCUGCAGGAGCUCCAGGACAUCGUGGAUUUUUUCCUGCUGCGUGUCCAGUGGGAGCAAAUCCGCUGCAAGUCAGGGAAUAAGUACUUCUCCUUCCCUUUGAGGUAG